AUGUCCACGGAAACGAAACAGACGUUGGAGAGUAAGCUGACAGACGACGAAGCCGGAGUAGGGCAAACCUCUGUAUAUACAGACGUUGAAGCCGACAGAACAUAUCGUAAGAAAGUGGAUUUCUGGGUUCUGCCGUUGUUGUGCUUGAUGUACUUUUUUGAUUGCAUGGACCGGAGUAAUCUAGCAAAUGCAAAAACGGACGGCAUCGAUGAUGACUUGAACUUCAAAGGAAACGAUUACUCUCUCAUCAUCCUGAUAUUCUAUAUUCCAUUUGGUCUUUUCAAUCUACCAUGGAAUUUAUUAAUCAAACGCUAUUCUGGGCGAUGGACGCUUUCUACCAUGUCCGUGGUAUGGGGAAUUCUUGCAUUAUGCCAAUGUGCAGCUAAAGACUUCGGGUCUCUCCUCGCGAUUAGAGUCAUUCUAGGCGUCUUCGAAGCGGGAUUCUUUGCCGGGGCAACAUAUUAUUUAACGACAUUCUAUACACGUGGGGAGAUGGGAUUUCGACUGGCUAUCAUACAGUCGUUUGCCGUACUUGCUUCCGCAUUUAGUGGUCUAAUAUCGUUUGGUGUAUUCCAAAUCAACAGUCCUACUGUCCACGGCUGGCAAUGGCUUUUCAUUAUUGAGGGCUCAAUGACCUUGCUCACUGGGCUAGUAGGAUUCGCCAUCCUGCCAGACUCGCCACAUACUGCCUGGUUCUUGAAUGACCGCGAAAAGGAGGCAGCGAGAGCUCGACUACUACGUGACUCCUCUUCAGAGGUAGACACGGGAUUUAAUCUCAAAGAUUGCUUUCGAUCGUGGAACGAUUGGAAAUUUCCGAUUUGGUGCAUGAUUACGUUCACGUAUCCAGUUGCCUAUGCUACCGCGAUGAACUUCUUCCCACUAAUCGUUCAACGCCUCGGAUUCUCUGUCAUAAAGACCAAUCUAUGGACUGUAGCACCUAAUCUUGUUGGUACAGUAGUUUUACUAUGCGUCGCGAAAUCUUCGGAUUAUUUUCGCGAACGAACGUUUCAUAUUGUCUUCUCUCUGUCCCUCUCCCUGGUCGGAAUGGUCAUGCUUGCUGCUAUCGAUGUUCUGGAAAAUAAAGGGGUAGCUUAUUUUGCUUGCUUCCUCAUGGCAGCAGGCGCAUAUAUUCCAUCCUCUUUGGUUCAUGCGUGGCACAACAACAACAAUGUCCACGAAAACUCUCGCGCAGCUAAUACAGGGUUCUUCGUGGGCUUGGGUAACCUAGCGGGUAUUUUGAGCGCAGCCACUUUUCGAACUGAAUAUGCCCCAAACAAAAGCUUCACCCGCGCCGAACAUCUUCGUCGCCAUGCUCUUAAUCAUGACCAACCACGCAAUGGGUUUACUUGUGAGCGCUGCUCCGUUCAUUUCCAACGCCCUGAUCUUCUAGCUCGACACAUGGAGCGCCACACAAAACGAGACGCCGAAGCAGGUGGGCCUGGACUCGGGCGAGAAAUGCGGUCAGCAGGACGCUCUACGAUCUCUACUACAAGUUCCUCCGACCGGGGAAUACUAGAUGAUGAUGAUCCUUUCUUGGACGAGGCGCCUCUAUCACCACCGGGUUCUGGUACAGAUCCAACCUCCUUAGAUAUCGAUGAUUCGGAUCCUUUCCUCGCCCCAAUGAUGCCCGGAGGACCAUUUGAGCCAUAUGUGGAACCAGUUCCAGGACAGUUCGACGCUGCUGAUGGAUCCUUCAAUAUUGGGCUCAACGAGAUGGGUUCCUUUUUCGGGAUGGACACUGCAACUGACUUUAAUCUGCCCUUCGCUGCGACGGACAAUUAUAAUUGGCUAUUUGAUGUCGCUUCUCUCGACGAUGCCUUUCAUCAUUUUGACUUUCCACUGGGGUUUGACGCUGGGCCAUUCCCGGAUACGAUGGAUGCUGAAUACAAUCAGGUCAUUGAUAAAUAUGAUGGCCCCUCGGCAUUGCUUGAAGUUGCUUCUAUGAUGAACAAGACGCACACAUCGCCACAGCGCCCAAUUUCUCCCGAUAGCCCAGAUGUUAUUGGCAUGGACUGGCUAUCUGGAUCAUCGUAUUUAGGCCCAAAUCCCUCUCCGCGGCUACCACAGCUAUCGGAAAACGCUUGCCAACGAGUUCUCGCUCUGGUGCAGCAGACGCGCCCUAUAGGUCUUGAUAGUCAACCCAUGGCUCUUGACUCGCACCUACUUUCCCUCCCUGCGUUGCAGAGCUACAGUGACUUUUUCUUUUCUCGUUUCAAUGUGACAUAUCCACUUGUGCACCAGUCAACUUUCAAUCCCGAUCUUGUUGAUCCAGUAUUUCUCGCGGCUGUAUUGUUCAUGGGUGCCACAUACAGUACGCGAGAAGCUCAUCAGCUAGCCGUUGGAAUCCAUGACAACCUGCGAAAUCAACUCCUUUGCCAUCAAGACUUUUCUCCACAACCAGAACUCUGGGUCCUACAGACAAUGCUUCUUAUCGACUGCUUCGGAAAAAUGAGGGCAGGGCCAAAGCAAAGAGAACGUGCUCAGCUCUUCCACUGCGUUUUGAUCAAAUUGAUUCGUCGAAGCACCUGCUGCAAUAUUCACGACUCCCCAACUUUACCACGAUCGGAGGAUUUAGAUUAUGCGUGGCGAUAUGCAAUGGUUGAGGAGCAGCGGAAACGCCUGGCAAUGCUUUGUUUUAUGUGGGAUACCCAGCACGCCGUGCUCUUUUCUCAGUCUCUCUGCAUGUCCGCAUUCGAGAUAAGGUCUUCAUUGCCAUGCAAUGCCGCUAUUUGGGAAGCAACAACGGCUCAGGAAUGGGCACAUUUAGCUUCUCGUGAGACAAAUCGCCCUUUCCUAGCAGUUCUCAAGGGAUAUAUUACUCCUAGCGCAGUCUCCAGACCCCGCGACUUGAAUGUUUUCGCCCGCUCGGUCAUCCUCCAUGGAUUAAUGUCAGUUUCCGCUGAUCUCAAACGUCGUGACCAAACAACCCUCCGGUCGGAAACGCCCGAAAAGGUUGGGGCCUGGACUCCACGUAUGAGCCGGUCCUACGACUUAUGGAAAGUGGAUUUUGAUGCAGAUUGCCUAAGUAUGAAGCUAGCUCAAACAGCAGAUCCGCAGAGGUUCACCGGCUUGAAGAUGGCCGCUCAUGCUCUAUAUCAUGCAUCGUGUCUUGCGUUGAACGUUGAAAUCCUGGACUUGCAAAUUAUCGCCGGCGCCAAACAGAUUCUCAGGGAGGAAUAUUACACCGGCAGACCAGUCACGGUCCCAACGAAAGAUUUUCCAGUGGUUGCAUGA